CAACUUUCCCACCUACGACUUGUCUACGUGCCACCACCGACGUAUUGCUAUGGACUUUCCGUGGCGCACCUAUCAAGGUCACUGCCACUGUGGCGCCAACCGCUAUGAAGUUCGGUUGCCCGACUUGCCAGCACUAACCAUCUGCAGCUGUACGCUCUGCACGAAGAAAGGCCACGUCUGGGUCUACGAUGCCGAUGAUAGUUUGACAAUCAGGAGAGGAUGCACCGUCAAUACUUUGACAGUAUACAGCGCAUGUGACACGGGACUUGAGCAUGAGUUUUGCUCUACCUGUGGCACAGGACUGUUUGGAACCCAUUCGACUGGUCCCCAAGCUGGAAAGAGAGGCAUCAACUUCCGGGUGCUUGUACCUGAUGUGAAGGGAGUCUAUCUCAGAGGACAACAAGUAGUCACGUUGGAUUCUUCAGGCAAGACCAGCCUGUAUCCAGGGUCUCAGAGGUUGAUUGAAAAGGUUGUCUCUUCCAAGCCCACCGAAUCUCUUAGGGCCCAAUUGGACGCACCCGGCGAAGAACUCAAGUUGUACACAGGAGGUUGCGAGUGCGGUGCCGUUCAAGUUACACUCAAAAGCAAACCACUCAAUGACAUUGAGGUCAAGGAAGACAAUUGUAGCAUCUGCGUCCGGAACGGUUUCAUCGGCGUUUACCCUCAUCAGUCUCUAGUUACGCUAGUUGGCAAAGACCAGACACAGGACUAUAAAUUUGGCCGUGGGUUCAACGGCUCGCCAUUUUGUCGGAUCUGCGGCGUCCAUUGCUUUGGAAACCUAUACGGUCCGCCAAAAGAGGUCCUUGCCAGACUUCCCGAGGCCAAGGAAGAGUUUGUGCGUAGACAACUUGAGGUUCAGCCACUGAAUAUCCGGAUUCUCGAUGGCGUUGAAUGGGACAGAAUCGAUAUAGAAUGGAGAAACGAAGGCACUGAAGGCUACGUUCUGAAAGACUAAGUUUUAUUAAAAACCUAUUCGAACUCACCGUUUUGCACCUCGGGUGUGGGGAGGACUCUGGCAUGACGUGACGGUUUUGAAGCCAAUCUGUUCUAGUU